AUACAUUGUUUUACAUUCUGGGACGUUCAAUUAAACGGAAACGCGUUCAAUACAUGUUUACAUUCUGGGACGUUCAAUUAAACGGAAACGGCGCUGUACUGAAUCACCAGUUAAACAACGGGGAGCGUUUGGGGAACGCUGUCAGCAUGGCCACUGCCCUUUAAAUACGUUACUCUUUGCUUCAAGCCACAGCCACCAAACCGUAGCAAAUGUGCCUCAAAGUCUGUUCAAGAACGUUUUGGGGAAACGUGUCGUUUAGUACAAACCGUUCCGCAACGUAGCAAACGUUCAAGCGAACUGAACGCACAGGUCUAGUGUACCGCGGUCUCGCGCACCGUGCAGACAGCCAAGCUCGAGCCUACCGGAGCGGUGUAACGUUCUGAACGGUAAAGAUGGCAGAACGACAGCAGAAACAUGAAGGCGGCCGAGUGAAGAUCGGACAUUACCUCUUAGGAGACACUCUGGGCGUCGGCACAUUCGGAAAAGUAAAGAUUGGAGAACACCAGUUGACAGGUCAUAAGGUGGCAGUGAAGAUCCUGAACAGACAGAAGAUCAGGAGUCUGGACGUGGUGGGCAAGAUCAAACGAGAGAUACAGAACCUCAAACUCUUCAGACACCCUCACAUCAUCAAACUGUACCAGGUGAUCAGUACUCCUACAGAUUUCUUCAUGGUGAUGGAGUAUGUCUCGGGAGGAGAGCUGUUUGACUACAUCUGCAAACAUGGACGGGUAGAGGACAAAGAGGCUCGUCGGUUGUUCCAGCAGAUCAUCUCCGGUGUAGACUACUGCCACAGACACAUGGUGGUGCACAGAGACCUCAAACCUGAGAAUGUACUGCUGGACCAUUCCAAGAACGCCAAAAUAGCUGACUUUGGGUUGUCAAACAUGAUGUCAGACGGGGAGUUCCUGAGGACCAGCUGUGGAUCUCCCAACUACGCAGCUCCUGAAGUAAUCUCCGGAAGGUUAUACGCUGGUCCUGAGGUGGACAUAUGGAGCAGUGGGGUGAUCCUGUAUGCGUUGCUGUGUGGGACUCUGCCCUUUGAUGACGAACACGUUCCCACACUGUUUAAGAAGAUUAGAGGGGGCGUGUUCUAUAUGCCAGAAUACCUCACUCGGCCCGUCGCUUCCCUGCUGCUGCUCAUGCUGCAGGUCGACCCGCUCAAGAGGGCUACCAUUAAAGACAUUAGGGAACAUGAGUGGUUUAAGCAGGACCUGCCAGGCUACCUGUUUCCUGAGGACCCUUCCUAUGACUCCACCAUUCUGGAUGAGGAGGCAGUCCGAGAGGUGUGUGACAAGUUUGAGAGCACCGAGUCUGAGGUGAUGUCCAGCCUGUACAGCGGAGACCCUCAGGACCAGCUAGCGGUAGCGUACCAUCUGAUCAUAGACAACCGGCGCAUCAUGACCCAGGCCAGUGAGUUCUACCUGGCCUCUAGCCCUCCCCAGGGCUCCUUCAUGGAGGAUGGCAUGUCACUGCCCCCCGGGGUCAAACCACACCCAGAGAGGAUGCCCCCCCUGCUGGUAGACAGCCCCAAGGCGCGCUGCCCGCUGGAUGCCCUGAACACCACCAGAGCCAAACCCCUGGCAGUGAAGAAGGCCAAGUGGCACCUGGGCAUCAGGAGUCAGAGCAGACCCUAUGACAUCAUGGCUGAGGUCUACAGGGCUAUGAGACAGCUACAGUAUGACUGGAAGGUGGUGAACCCGUACCACCUGCGUGUUCGGAGGAAGAACCCAGUAACAGGCAACCUGGUGAAGAUGUGUCUCCAGCUGUACCAAGUAGACAACAGAUCCUACCUGCUGGACUUCAAAAGCAUCGAUGAUGACAUCAUGGACGCAGUAGGGUUUAAGUCGGGCUCUUCCACCCCCCAGAGGUCAGGCUCCACUGCAGGGCUCCACAGACCCAGACUCAGUGUGGACUCAGCCUGUCCUGCCGUGGAUCUCCCCAAGCUCAGCUCCUCUCUGCCUGGGUCGCUGUGCUCCAGCGCUGCCCUCCUCACCUCCACCUCCACCCCGCGCCAGGGCAGCCACACUAUGGACUUCUUUGAGAUGUGUGCCAGUCUCAUCACCACGCUGGCCCGCUAGAGAGGGUAAACUCCUGCUGGGUAACUAGAGGCCUGGAAUUUUUCCUGGUCAAUGUCAUAUAGUCCGGAAAACUCCAGCUACCGCCUGCAUAACCAUCUGAAACAGAACACUGCCCUGAGCCUAUUUAGACAGUUUUAUAUUGGUGUGAUCCUGACCUAAUUCUCCAAGUACUGCAGAACACGCCUCUAACCACAGAUCUAGGGUCAGUUGUUCCCUCCUGGUGUUGUAGGUUUGGGCUUUGCAAGAUAAACUGAUCGUAGAUCUCUGAUUAGACUUCCUGUCUGUCUAGAGCAGGAAUGGGCAACUUUGAUGGGGGUAGGGGCCCACCAAAAAAUCAGAACUCAUCAUUAGGGGGGUGCGGUAGCUCGCGGGACUGCUUACCCACAUCCAUACACACACAUGCAGUCAGCGUUUUGGAGGCCCUAAGCAAAAUUGGCGAUUUAUAAACAUUUUAGUUUAGUCUUGACAGCGGAAGGAAUUGAUCUGCGGUCCUACAAAAGUGGCCAUGUGACCCGCGCGCCACGAGUUGCCCAUCCCUGGUCUAGAGCCAGUCUGCCAGAGCCAGUCUGGCCGUGGGAAAGGUUAGAGGUCUCACUUGUUGGGGCAAAGUCGUGUUAAGUCAAAUAUAAUGUAGCUCCCAUAUGGCGCGUUCACGUGCUCGUCGAAACUAGGAAACUGACAUUUCUAACUGGUUGCAGUAAUGCACGUGCAGCGUUCAACCAGUUAGCAUGUCGGACAUUUCCAGAUAAGCGGCGCCUCCCUGACUACUCUCAACCCCCAAUCAGCUCCAGAAUAGCAAACACUGUACAACAAACACACUGAGCAUUUUACAUAUGCUUUUAUAUGCUUUUUGUAACGACACAGACUUUGUUAUCCAUAUUUCUCAUAUAUAUUUAUAUUACUAUCACUUUGAGUAGUGUAGCAGCUGUUGAUUGUAACAUACAACAAAUGAAGUUAAAGAGAGGAUUGUUAUUAUUAUUUAGAUAUCAUAUUCUUAUUUAUUUUAAAGAGGUUGUUUUAGAGGCUUUGUGUGGUACUGAAUAUUGAGUAUUGAAGCACUGCUGAUGUUUGAGAAUUAUAUAUGCACUUAAGAGAUUUUAGGUGAUGAGAGGUCAUAGAGAGAGAGCCUCCACUCUCCCUCUCUCUCUGACUGGCAAUAUUGUUCUGUGGAUUAGUUAGCAUUGAUGCUACCUGACUGAGGAGGAGGGAGGGAAGGGUAUCUGUAGUGAACCUUUCUCCAGGUGCCUUAACACACGUUGUUUCUAGCUUGGUGGCUGUUUUUGUUUGCAGAAACGGAAUGGUAAGCAGACUGUUUCUGUGUGUGUGUGUACACUCCUGUGUGUAGAGGACUAACAGACAGGAGCUUACCAGGGAUUGGCCAGGAGAAGACAUACAGUACCGUAGUUUAUGUGCCAAUGAGAUUUGAGUUCUGACUAAUAUAACUAAAGAUACAGGAGGAGAGGGAAUAGAUAUGACAGAACACUGGAACAAAUCUCCCUUUACCAAUUGUCAAAUGGUUUACAGUAUAUAGUGUUCCAUAGUCCUGUCUGUGUCUCUUGUUCUGCUGGGGCCAGUGAGGGCUGGGCUCUUGCUGAUCUGAUGCAUGCUAGUGUGUCUGUGUUUCUCUGGUCUGUUCUGGUACCAUGAUGGUGGUCUGUUCGGUUUGUUAUUAAAUGUAGAAUCAUUUGUAUCUCUCUUUCCUUCCCUCCCUCUGGAGUUAUUGGUUUGUUGUGUGUAUUUGCAGUAGUGUGUGUUUCGCUGAGGGAAUUGUAGACCUCUGUUGGGCCAGUUAGUCAGAAAAGACACUUAACCUCUCUUCUUUCCUUUUGUUUCCUUGUCAUUUGUUUCCUUGCCAUUUGUUUCCUUGUCGUUUGUUUCCUUGCCAUUUGUUUCCUUGUCAUUUGUUUCCUUGCCGUUUGUUUCCUUGUCAUUUGUUUCCUUGCCGUUUGUUUCCUUGUCAUUUGUUUCCUUGCCAUUUGUUUCCUUGUCAUUUGUCCUGUGCAGCAGUUCUGUCAUCACAUCUCUAUUCUGAGAGCGUAGUCUGUUUUUGUCUGUGUAUGACACUAUACAUGCAAGACAAUACCCACGUAUGUGUACUUCCAUCUAGUGCCGGUUGGACUGACCUUUUGUCUCCAGAACAGCCUGAAUUCUUCAGGGGAUUCUACAAGGUGUCAAAGAUUCCACAGUGAUGUUGGUUCAUGCUAAUGCGAUGGCGCCAUGCAGUUUCUGCAGAUUGGACGGCAGUACAUUCAUGCUGCGAACAUCCAUCUCAUCUCAAAUAUGCUCUAAUGGGUUGAGGUCUGGGGACUGCGCAGGCCACUCAAGUAAACUGAACUCGCUGACAUAUUCCAGGGGAUGUUUUUCCACUCCUCGGUUGUUCAGUGUUGGUUAACACGUACCCACCUGAGCCACUUCUUGUUUUUAGCUGAUAGGAAUGGAACCUGGUGUGGUGGUCUGCUGCAAUAGCCCAUCCGUGACAAGGAUUGACGAGUUUGUUUUCUGACCCACCUGUUGGCUUGCACGAUUCUUGCCCUUCUCCUUCGACCUCUCAUCAAACGAGCUGUUUUCACCCGUAGGGCUGCUGCUGACUGGCUGUUAUUUGUUUCUCCCACCAUUCUCUGUAAACCUUAGACACUGUUGUGCGUGAAAAGCCCAGGAGGACGGCCGUUUCUGAGAGACUGGACCCGGGGCAUGGCACCGAUGAUCAUACUUCGCUUAAAGUCACUUGUUUUGCCUAUUGGAACGUUCGAUUGAACAGUAACUGAAUGCCUGUUUUAUAUAACAAGCCACAGCCAUGUGACUCCGUGUCUGUAGAAGUCAUCCAUUUUUGUGAACUGGGUGGUGUACUUAAUAAACUGGCAUAUCCCAUUUUUGAGAGAUACUUACAUACUGAGGGUACAAAACAUUAUGAACACCUGCUCAUUCCAUGACAGACUGACCAGGUGAAAGCUAUGAUCCCUUAUUGAUGUAAUUUGUUGAAUCCACUUCAGUCCGUGUAGAUCAGUGGUCACCAACCGGUCACCAAGCAUUUCUGUGGAAAAGCCAGGCCUGAUUUUGUGCGUGUUGCGCUGUUGGUGGUAGGUGCACUUGAUUCAAGCGGACCGGGAGAUCUGUUGCUAAAUCGAGUGCGCCUAAUGUGCUGGCAAUCGAAUAGCUCAAAUUACCGUACAGAGCCUCCUCGACCCCGGCCACAGUCAAAAAGUUUGAUACGAGCCUAGGUAAGAUUGAAUAACCUUUAAAACCACGACCACGGAGAGACUGUAGAAUAAUGCAGCAGCGCUGCAGUUUGUAUGAGUGUGUUUUAUUCAGCACUGGCAACCCGGCUUUGAACACUAUUAUAAAACGCUCUUCUCCCUUUUUCCACUCGCGCUGCAAUGAGUUAUCAUUAUUAUUAGCUUCGUGUCUAUUUUAAUAUGGAGGAGUAUUCCACUUUCUCUGGUCAUAGGAACCGCAUGAAUUUGUGCCUGCGGCAGAUGUGGCGCGACUCGAGUUUCGCCAUCAGGUGGAAGACGGUGUCUCUUUGGUCAGUCUCACCGGAGGAAAGGAAGGGGAAAGCAGUGACCGUGAAAGGCGGACCCGCUGGGCUCUCUUCCUCCCUCCCCUGAGAAUAAUGCUCUGUUCAAGACAACUACUCUGGAAAAACGAGAUCCGACUGGGGGAAAUGGUUUUGAAUGGUCAACCAACUCGGAAUUCCUAGUCGGAAACUCGCAUCUUUCUAGAGCUCUGACCUCAAGAUCACAGACGUCAUGAUUUGACCUAGUUUUUCUUUCUCGAGUUCCCAGCUGUCUUGAAAGCACCAUGGCCAUCAGAUGCAAGUGCGGUACCAUAUAAUUUAUGCUCACCUGUGCCUUGCAAGUGCUACAAAAACCGAUAUGUUAUCAUAGCUCAAGUUGUGAUAAUGUAUUAGGCCUACAGCAGAAACCUCAUUCCCGCAGAGCUCUUUUUAUUAGGUUGUUACAUUAUAAGUAAUGUAAAAAAAUAAUAAUUGAGUGGUAGAUCUUGGCUUGCUUUUUGAAUGUGAAAGCGAUCUUGACUCAAAGGUUGGUGACCACUGGUGUAGAUGAAGGGGAGGAGACAGGUUAAAUAAGGAUUUUGAAGCCUUGAGACAUGGAUUGUGUGUGUGUGUGUGUGUGCAAUUCAGAGGGUGAAUGGGCAAGAAAAAAGAUUUAAGUGCCUUUGAACAGGGUAUGCUAGUAGGUGCCAGGCGUGUCAGUUUGUGUCAAGAACUGCAACGCUCCUGGGUUUUUCAUGUUCAACAGUUUCCCAUGUGUAUCAAGAAUGGUCCACCAGCCAACUUGACACAAGCUUUGGAGUCAUGGGCCAGCAUCCCUGUGGAACGCUUUUGACACCUUGUAGAGUCCAUGCCCCAAGGAAUUGAGGCUGUUCUGAGGGCAAAGGGGUGGAACUCAAUAUUAGGAAGGUUCUUAAUGUUUUGAACACUGUGUCUGACUAUAGCUGCUACAAGGUCAGGGAGAAACUCUCCUUCCUGCUGCUACACUCAUGCAAUUACUCACAGCAAUGACCCUAUAUUCUGUUAUUUACACACACAUACUACUUCAAGUAAUACACACCCACUCUGUCAGUGUAAGGUGUACCUCUUUCCAAGGGUUAAGGUGUGUUGUCACCGUAUCCAGACUUCUGGAACCAAAGUGUUCUUCUCUUCUGUCUGUGUGUGCGUGAGAGCGGAUUGUACCUCUUCCUCUCCGUCUGAGGUGGGCUUUUCUGUGUUCUAUGCAUUGCAUGGCGUUGCUGUUCUGAUUUGCACUUUACUGAGUAUUUAUUGUCAAACACAAUUAAACUGACCUAUACACUAGA